AUGGGAAAUACCAAUAGCAAUUCUUUCAAUAUUGGGGAUCUUGGGCGAUUACCCCAGGCUAUCACAAAUGGAUAUUCUCUGUUUGGUACAAUGGAUGCGCCAGAUUUGCCCAACUUUCUUACAAAUAACCCUACCCCUAACGGCUACCCUUGGAGUACCCUAGAUACUCGGACAGAUUAUUAUUCAGACCAUCCAGUGACUGGUGUUAUUCGGAGAUACGACUUCAGAAUCAGUCGGGGUAAAAUUGCCCCUGAUGGCUAUGAACUAUCCACGAUCCUUGUGAACGGACAGUUCCCUGCUCCUCUCAUUGAAGCCAACUGGGGUGACACAGUCCAAGUCACUGUCCACAACGACCUUGACGAUGAAGGUGUAUCUUUGCACUGGCACGGCAUUCUUCAGAAGGCUAGUCCGUGGGAAGAUGGCGUGCCGGGGGUCACUCAAUGCCCUCUACGGCCAAAAUCUAGCUUUACAUACUCCUGGGUCGCAGAUCUCUACGGCACAAGCUGGUAUCACUCUCACUACUCUGCCCAAGUAGCUGCAGGUUUAUUCGGGCCCCUGAUAAUCCACGGACCGCAGGACAAGCAAGACUACGACGUUGACGUCGGGCCCAUCCUCCUUAAUGACUGGUAUCACACAGAGUACUAUGACCUGGUCCAAGAGAUAAUGAAGCCUGGAGGUAGCGGCGUUGUCUUUUCAGACAGCAACCUCAUCAAUGGCAAAAUGAACUUCAACUGUUCCAACGUGCUACCGGGGGAUAAGACGCCCUGCAAAAGCAACGCUGGAAUAUCCAAGUUUCGCUUCAAACGUGGUAAGACGCAUCGCCUGCGCCUGAUCAACCCGAGUGCUGAAGCUAUUCAGCGCUUCUCUAUCGAUGGACACACAAUGAAAGUGAUCGCCAACGACUUCGUGCCCGUGGAACCUUAUGAUACCAAAGUGGUUACGCUUGGUGUUGGUCAGCGCACAGAUGUGCUGGUGAAAGCCAACGGCAAAUUGGACUCAUACUGGAUGCGCAGCAACAUAUCCCGUAUCUGCAGUCUGGCCAAGGCUCCAGAUGCUGUUGCGGCCAUCUUCUAUGACAAUGCGAACCAGAAGAAGCCUCCAAAAUCGCAGGCAUGGGACAUUCCUGAUCCGGGUACUUGCGCCAACGAUGACUUGAGUAUUACGAGACCUUUGAUGAAGCUGCCUUUGCCUCCGGCUGACAAGACUAUUGAGCUUGAUAUCAAUAGCCACAAGAACGGAAGUAACGUGACCGUCUGGACACUUGGAGGUGUGGCGGCGAGAACAAACUACAACAGCCCGACACUACUCCUGAGCAAGCUUGGCAACCACUCUUUCGAACAUGAAUGGAAUGUUAUAAACACUGGCAAGGCGAAGAGUGUGAGAGUGGUGGUAAACAACUUGUUACCCGUCGCACAUCCAAUGCACUUACAUGGCUUCAACAUGUACGUCCUGAACGAAGGAUAUGGGUCAUGGGAUGGCAGUAUUAUCAACGAGCACAAUCCGCAACGGCGUGACGUGGUCCAAAUUCGCGGGAAAGGCCAUCUCGUAGUACAAUUUGAUGCAUCGGACAAUCCAGGUGUAUGGCCGUUCCACUGCCACAUCGCGUGGCAUGUUUCGGCAGGAUUACUCACGCAGUUUCUCACCAAUCCAAGUAAGGUUGAGAAGCUACGUAUACCGAACGUGGUGGCCGAGACGUGCCGGCAGUGGGGGAGCUGGACAAAUUCGAAUAUCCCAGCUCAGAUUGACAGCGGGCUAUGA